UUCUGCCCGCGGCUUUGCGGAGAUAGGGGAGCCGCUGGGCCGCAGUCAGGAAGUUUAGGUGCGGAGGCGCUGGGGCUUAGGAGACAGCUGGGGCCGUUAGGGGAGAUCCAGGAGGAGGCACACUGGCGGAGCCCCGACCUGACCGUGGGCCACUCUCGUCCUCGCGGCCCGCCUCUUCACCCCGCCCCCACUUGGGGCUGCAGUGGCUCCGCUCCCUGAUCUGAGCCUGGUCCCUCUUCAGGCACUGACCCUUGACCUCGGGGCGCACCCCUAUCCUUCGGGCGCUAUGGCUACGGGCGCGGAUGUGCGGGACAUUCUAGAACUCGGGGGUCCAGAGGGGGAUGCAGCCUCUGGGACCAUCAGCAAGAAGGACAUUAUCAAUCCGGACAAGGUGCUGGUUUGUUCAGGGAUUGAGCUGGGCUAAAGAAUUUUCAGGGAAGGGAGUCUAGGCUGUGGUUCCUCUCCUGUGGUUUCCCUUCCCAGAAAAAGUCCAAGAAGUCCUCCGAGACACUGACCUUCAAGAGGCCUGAGGGCAUGCACCGGGAGGUCUAUGCACUGCUCUACUCUGACAAGAAGGAUGCACCCCCACUGCUACCCAGUGACACUGGUCAAGGCUACCGCACAGUGAAGGCCAAGUUGGGCUCCAAGAAGGUGCGGCCCUGGAAAUGGAUGCCAUUCACCAACCCAGCUCGCAAGGAUGGAGCCAUGUUCUUCCACUGGCGACGGGCAGCAGAGGAGGGCAAAGACUAUCCCUUUGCCAGGUUCAAUAAGACGGUGCAGGUGCCCGUGUACUCAGAGCAGGAGUACCAGCUCUAUCUUCAUGACGACGCUUGGACAAAGGCAGAAACUGACCACCUCUUUGACCUCAGCCGCCGCUUUGACCUACGUUUUGUUGUUAUCCAUGACCGAUAUGACCACCAGCAGUUCAAGAAGCGUUCUGUGGAGGACUUGAAGGAGCGGUACUACCACAUCUGUGCCAAGCUUGCCAACGUGCGGGCCGUGCCAGGUACAGACCUCAAGAUCCCAGUAUUUGAUGCCGGGCACGAGCGACGGCGGAAGGAACAGCUGGAGCGCCUCUAUAACCGGACCCCAGAGCAGGUGGCGGAGGAGGAGUACCUGCUGCAGGAGCUGCGCAAGAUCGAGGCCCGGAAGAAGGAGCGGGAGAAGCGCAGCCAGGACCUGCAGAAGCUGAUAACGGCGGCAGACACCACUGCCGAGCAGCGGCGUACGGAACGCAAGGCCCCCAAGAAGAAGCUCCCCCAGAAGAAGGAGGCCGAGAAGCCGGCCGUUCCUGAGACUGCAGGCAUCAAGUUCCCAGACUUCAAGUCUGCAGGCGUCACGCUGCGGAGCCAGCGGAUGAAGCUGCCAAGCUCUGUGGGACAGAAGAAGAUCAAGGCCCUGGAACAGAUGCUGCUGGAGCUGGGUGUGGAGCUGAGCCCGACGCCCACGGAGGAGCUGGUGCACAUGUUCAACGAGCUGCGGAGUGAUCUGGUGCUGCUCUACGAGCUCAAGCAGGCCUGUGCCAACUGCGAGUACGAGCUGCAGAUGCUGCGGCACCGGCACGAGGCACUGGCCCGGGCCAGCGUGCUGGGGGGCCCCACCACACCAGCGUCCGGCCCGGCCCUAGCCCCGGCCGAGCCAGCGGCGCCGGAACCCGGUCUCGGCCCUGACCCCAGCAAGGACACCAUCAUCGAUGUGGUGGGCGCACCCCUCACACCCAAUUCGAGGAAGCGACGGGAGUCGGCCUCCAGCUCCUCUUCUGUGAAGAAAGCCAAGAAGCCGUGAGGAGCCACCCGGGGUGUGGGAUGCUGCUGUGUAAAUAGAGCUGCUGAGUUGGA